UUAUAUAUAGUUAUAUUAGAUAUGGCUUACUAGUAGUCGAUCAAGGGUGAGAGGGUCCCACUGAUGGCAGGCUUGGUCCCCUACCUUUCAGCAAAAAUAUGAGACAAAAUUUUUUUUACUGAUGAUCAUUGAAAUACCAUUAGAAAUGGCGCUAGAGGAACUGUUGGUGGUUUAGCAAACCCUUAAUCCCGCUUAUACACAACUGUCCAGACGGAUGUGGUUUAUGUGCAAAAGAGUAAGUGACGAGAGAACUUAUCAGUGUCCGAAAAUGAUGUUUGAUAUAUUUUACAAGCACAUCCUGUGGAAUGGUUGUUUUAUUGUUUUUAGUACACAAAUCCCUUACUUGAGACUUGAACCAAAAUUUGUCAAGAAUACUAGGUAGAUUGAAAAAUCAAGGGUAAAUCUCUCCUAACUUUUUUACCGAAGGAGGGAAAGAUUGCUUUGAACAAUCAGGAGGUUAAAUAAUCAAGGGUUCGAAGAAUCAGGAUACCAAUGCAUUCUCAAUAUUUUAUUAUUAUAGGGAAGAGUCCUUUGACUUCUUGGACGAUGAAGAAGAUACAAAGCCGAGACCGAAUCCCUUUAAUGAUGACUUAGGCUCGUUUGCUGUCUUGGACUCUGGUGCUAGCUGGGUCAGUAAAGAAGAAGUUGCAGACUUUAUGAAGCAGUCUCGUCGUUUGGCACUGAAUGAGGAUGAUGAUGAUGACAAGGACUUAGGGCCAGCAUGGGGAGGUCCAGAGUACAGCUUACCUUCAGGCAAGCCACGCUCAGAUUCAGCUGCUAAGUCAGUGCGGACACGACCUGCGCAAAUGACAGCUACUGGUACUUCAAGCAAUAUCACGACAACUAAACAAAGUUCUUACUUGGAAAGUACCACAGGAAAAACUCCACCCAAAAGACCAGUUCCACCGAGCUCAUCUGUACAACGAUCUGUUACUUCUACAUCAACUUCCUCAACUGCUGUUUCAUCCUCCUCAUCGACUCAUGUGUCAGCAGCAGCUAUAAGGAAUCAGACUCCUAAAGGACCAGCUACCAAAACGGCUUUACAAACUGCAUCAUCAUCAAUCAAUGAUGUCAUCAGCAGUGCACCUCAGGUAUCUGUCACAGAAUAUAACAAGCUUCAAGCUGAAAUUCGUCAAUUAAGAAGUGAUCUGCUGGCAGCAAGGAAUGAUAAAUCAGGCGUGCCAUCAGCCCAAGAAACUGUAAAGAAAAUUAUCCGUGGUCAGCCCUACACACUUGAAGUGUACAAGUCAUUAAAAGAAAAAUUGGCUCUCCUUGACUGUGCCAUAAAGAUGCANUCCACCCAGAGAGUUGCCUGGAGAGGGGCAAACUCGUUCCCAGGGUCCUUUCUCUGCCUCGAGAGCCUGAGACCCUGGAAACAAGGCUGGAUAGGGGAUGUUUACCUUUGCAUGCUAUCUAGAUCUGUGGGUAAAUUAGAGGAAGCCGCGGUAAGCACAUGUACUUUCAGAAAGUUAGCGUAG